AUGGCAGCCGCGCAACGCCCCCAGCCGACACGGAAUGCACCCAUCAGCCAUUACCUCAGGGGCCGCUCUCUGGUCACGAACGAGCUCGUGGCGUUUAAGGAGACCACCCUCGACGAAGAGCACGGGAUUCCCUACACCGCCAUGCGCGAAGUGACUCUCCUCAGAGAUCUCAAGCACCCCAACGUCAUCCGCCUUCGUGAGAUGAUGAUCACCGAGUCUUUGCUCACGCUCGUCUUCGACUUCUGCGACUGCGAUCUCAAGAAUUACAUGCGGACGCACGGGAACUGCGGCGCGCUGGCACCCGGCGUCGCUCGCUCGUUCAUGAAGCAGCUCCUCGAGGGCACCGCCUAUUGCCACAAUAGCAACGUCAUACACCGCGACCUCAAGCCGGAGAACGUCUUCGUCAAUUCAAAAGGCGAGCUCAAGCUGGGUGAUUUCGGUCUAUCACGCCCGAUAGGCCUUCCUGAAAAGAGAUACGGCAAUGAGGUCGUGACAAUGUGGUAUCGUGGGCCAGAAUUACUGCUUGGAUCGACUUCGUACAGCCCAGCUAUCGAUGUUUGGUCCUGCGGAUGCAUCCUCGCGGAGAUGAUCCGGGGUGCACCACUGUUUAUGGGAAAAGAUAUCCAAACCCAGCUCAAUGCCAUUUCGCGCAUCAUUGGGGUUCCGCCGAAGGAGCAGUUGGAGAAGAUGAAGGAGGAUGCACUCGAUGUUGACGACUCGAGGUUCCCCACAAAAACCUACAAGCUUCCUCUGAGCUAUUUCGUGAACAAGGCGACGCCGGAAUGCAAGUGCUGCCCGAUCGACCUCCUGCAGCGCCUUCUGAAAUUCGACCCCGCUGAGCGGGUCACCGCUGCCGACGCCCUCCAGGACCCUUAUCUCACUAACGCGCAGGGACCAAACCUGGGGGAACACGACGUUCAAAUGGACACCUCUUGAAGAGAUUGUAUCGCUGCCAUGAUCCACGUCUCCUGACAUUGGCCUCUCCUCUCGGCACUCUUGUUUCGUGGCUUGUAAUCCCGUUCGUUGCGUAUCUUUGGUUACUACCAGUAUCAUAGUUAUUCUCCCCUAAUGAUGACUGUAUGUCUCCUUGCAUGCCCUCCACUCUGCGCUU